AUGAAGUUCUCCAUGGUCCCCUCGUUGCUUCUUCCCCUGCUGGCGGCCGCUGCCCCAACCGCCCCGGAGAACCCUCCUUUCAACGUCAUGGCCACCCGCUCUGCUUCCCCCAUCCACUUCCUCCCCAUGACCGCCUCCGGCCAGAAGUUCUACCUUGGUGGAGAAACCACGUCCUACUGCCCCAUCUCCGAGGGCUGCCCCCCCGGCAACCAGACCGUGUUCGCUCCUGGUGGCUAUGGCUUGAACGUCAUGGUCCCCGGCGGCCAGCAGGUCUAUGUUGACCCCAACGGCGCUCUCUCCUUCACCCAGGCCCACUCUGCCUAUAUUCCCGAGGCUCCGCCGUGGGACUACCGCUGGCAGGUAUUUGCCGCUGUCCAGAACGCCACUGUCCCCAAGGGUAACGUGGCUGAAUGCCUUGGCUUCAAUGCCCUGGCUAACAAGGCUGCCCCGGAGGCUGCUGCUUGGCAGUACAUUUAA